UGUGAUAUUUUGAGACCCUGACUAGUGGGUGGAAAUCUCUAGAGUUUGAGGAUGCUGAGAGAGAAGUUGGCUUUUGGAGCGGAAUCAGUGCCGCAGCAAUUGUGGGUGAGGGAACAACAACGUUUACGGCCCGGCAAUUGCAUCUAUCAGGCAGUAUUUUCAAAUUCUAACCCUCCGUCGAUCUAAAAAGAGCUUUAUUUUGACCAAGCGAAACUCAUCUGCCAAACGCAAUAAAACAGUUUUUUUUGGAGUAAGCUGCGUAGUUUGUAUUUAAGAGCUCCCCCGAACGCUGAAAAAGGGGCAAACAAAAAUAUUCGCAAAGGACUCGACUGUUUGCGAAAUGUGAAUCCAGCUACGGAUUUACGUUCUUAUGUGCAAUAUGUCCAUUAUAUUGCCGCAGUGCAAUCGAUAAGCAGUUAAAUCCGUAGUGCCGUGUGUGUCCAUAAAGGAAAAAAAUUAAUUAUAAAACUCCACUGGCGAUGCAGUGGGACGCCGAUGCAGCUGGAUCAAUAUAGAACAGAUUACAGGCGCGUUCAUAUGUGCAUAUCCUGCGUGAUGAGAUCGAGGCUGUUUUGGAUACUGGCGAUUAUAUACUCCUCACUCCAUCACAUCGGCUCGGGCUCCACGUCGACCACAUUGAAGCGACCGAGAGCUGGCGAUCCCUUCGACACGUUUCCGAAGAACUUUUGGCAGGAGUUCUCUUCGCCGUUCACCGACACGCCCGAGGAUGAGGAGCUGGAGGUCACGGAGACGACCACCCACGAGCCGUUCCCCUUCUUCGCCGAUCCCUAUACGACGCUGAACAUCAGCACCCAGCUGUCGUCCAGCGUCUACCUGCACUGCCGGGUGAACGAUCUGCAGGGCAAGACGGUGUCCUGGAUGCGACGACGUGGCGAGGACCUCACCCUGAUCACCUUUGGCCAGCACACGUACAGCGGCGAUUCGCGCUACUCGCUGGAGUUCGAGGAGCCCAACGAUUGGAAGCUGCUCAUCCAGUUUGCCAAUGAGCGGGACGAGGGUCCUUACGAGUGCCAGGUGUCCUCGCAUCCGCCGCUCGUCCUGCUAGUCUACCUAACGAUAAUUGUUCCUCACGUGGAGAUCCUCGACGAACGGGGCUCGGCCACGCCGGAGAAGUACUACAAGGCUGGCAGCACCAUUGAGCUGCAGUGCGUCAUUUCCAAGAUUCCGCAUCCCUCCUCCUACAUCACCUGGCGGCACGGACCGCGUCUGCUGAACUAUGACACCAGUCGCGGUGGAAUCAGUGUGAAGACGGACAUGCUGCCAGGAAGAGCGCUGAGCCGCCUGUACAUCGCCAAUGCCAAUCGCCAGGAUACCGGCAACUACACCUGCAUGCUGGGCAAUGAGAUCACGGAGACAGUGGUCGUCCACGUGCUGAACGGUGAGGAGCCCGCCGCCAUGCAGCAUGCGAAUGGAGGUCGCCUAAAAGCCAACGCCUCCCAAAUGGUUGUGUUAUUUCUAGUGUACGUGUCCCUGUCCCUGUCCCAGUACAGAUCCUUUUCCGUAUCCGUAUCCGGAGUCGGUCGGAAUCGGGGAUUCGGAUGGGUUGGGGGCCUGGGGCGAUGACGGCGCGGCGGAAUCCGGGGAUCCUAGAUCCCAGUUUUGUGACGCGGGAAAUGCAUACACCAAAAAGAAUCUUGUCCAGGAUUGCAUUUUCGACUUUUACUCUAAUCAUGGGUUGUUUAACAUACGAUACAUAGCAUAAACCGAAUACUAAGCUUAAGUCAAGUGUAUUUAAAAACAAAAAAAAACGAAAGAUCCAAAACCAAAAACCAAAAACGAAAAACCGAAACCGAAAACCAAGCGAAAAGAAGAAAAACUUGUAUUAGUAAGGGCGAACGCGCAUAUAGACGAGAAAUUGAUUUUUAGCGCUAGAACAUAACAUUAUUAUCAUAAUCGAAUCGAAUUGUACUACCAAAACGGCCGUGUUUAUGUUGGCUACAUAUUGAUCUUAUAUACAUACAAGCAUCUAACGUAUCCAUUUAGCUCUCUGUUAACUCCACGUCAUUAUGGAACUAACUAGAUUUGUAAGGUCCAGCGAUCCAGGCAUACCUAAUUGUUUCUCUCUCGAAUCGCCUUGCAAAGGUCGUCGCAAUUCCCCCGUUACGCUCGUGUGUAUCCCCUAUAUAUACGUACUAUAUAGUAUACACCUCCGAUUCAAGGCCUUGUUAAUGAAAAAAUGGUUGUAGCUUCUUGAAAUCAAACAGCAUAUCAGUUGGGAUCAUUCGAAUCGUAAUAAUAAUCAAUACCAAUCGAAAUCGUAGCUUCAUCCUUGAUUCGUUUGUUUUCUCCUCGUCUCAGAUUUGAAUCCUUCAAUUACUAAAGAGUUUGGGAAACGAAAAAUAGAGGUUGUUAACUUAUUAAAUAUGUAAUUCCAAACAUUAAAAACGCGUGAGCUUGAUCAAAAGUUAGUUUUCGCCUGAGUUAACCAAUGAUUUGUUAAGACAAAAAUGUAGACAAGUAGAAGGGAAACCACUUAAAAAAUGUUUAACGUUAACAUAACUAUGCCAUUCAAAAUGGAUACAUAUCGUUUAAUUGUUGUUAAUUCGGUUGCGGAACCAAUGACCAUUUGAGGCAGACGAAAGUAAUUCUAUAUUUGUAUUUGUAUCUUUUUUGGAAUCGAAAACACAACACAACUCGGACCAAUGGGUAAUACUUGAUUGUUUGAUUGAAGAUGGUCCCAAAAACCAAAAUCAAAACCAAGACACUAACAAGUAAUUCAAUUAACUGAAAUAAAUCACGAUCAAGAACAAGAAGCGUAUUAAGCAUUUUCUCCGCUUUCAUUUCUCGAUUUGGGCGCGAGGUGAGGCUUGUAGUCAGUGCCCACUGUACUCCUCCCCCCACAUGCGAGUAUAUCAAGUUAUGUCUUUAGCUUUAGCUUUGAACGAUCACCGCCUAUUUAAGAGCCCAAUAAAUCUUUCGAAAUUCUUACUCACUGACGGCUUUCCAAAUUCAUAUUGCUUUCAAGAUCGGUUAAUAUACACUCUCUUUACAAAUCGUAUUAUAAAAUCGAAAGCUCAGCUUGGAAUACACAAAACGAAAAUGAAACAAAAAUAUUGAUAAGGCUCGAGGCCUAAGUACUUGGGUAAACUAAUUUCAAAUGGUCCAGUGUAGUUAUUGUAAAUUAUUCAAAUUGAUCCCGACCCAAAUCGGUCCUUGGUCUGAGUCCUUGGAGUAUGCCCCUAAAUAACACAAAUGAUAAACAAAACAAAACAAAUGUUGGAGUGAGAUAACGAAACAAUACUUAGAGACUAAAGAAAGUGACGAAACGAAACUUUUAGAAAGAUUUUGGUUACAGAAUUAUAUUUAAUAAUUACUACAUUUAAAAUUGAGAUUAUUAACUACAUACAUGAAUAACAUGAAUGUAUAACGCGGGCGUCCUCUGGUCAAUAACCAAUGCGAUUGCGACGGCCCCAAAAGAUACCGUCAUUGUCAAACAAAAUAUAAAAAAAAAAACAAAAACAAAAAGAAGUAACUAAAAUUGAAUGCAAAAUUGUAUAAAAACA